GGAGCAGUGCACUCUGCUGGACGGCAGACGCAUCGUUCAUCACGCCGACAUGUUUUUAUAGAAGAAGGGAUCAGAUUGAGCUUUUCAGCCCCCACUCAUGAUGAACCCACCACCACCGUGUUUCGCGUGAACAGCCCACUCGCCCGUUUUCAUUGGCGCCUCCUGUACGCGGGGAUGGGCACAAUUCUGCAGGAGCGAGUGGCACAACAAUGCCUGGAGAGGACCUCCAUCAGGGACAGGGAAAAGAAGAAGAAGGCGUCGUGGAGCAACAACAGGCCGAAUGUGUCCAGCAAUAAAAUGGGCAGACGGCAGUCACAGAGGAAGUCACUGCAGCCACAGUUCAUGUCUCCAAGCCAAGAAAAUAAUAAUGAGAAGAGGCUGCAGCAAAGAAGAAAGCACAAGCCCAACCUCCCCUCAAUCAAACGCAAUACUUCUCAACACAGAGCUCAGGGAACCUCAGAGUCAAAGUCCCAUCAGCUGUCCCCUGCAGAGGACAGGAUGGAGUCAAAGGUGCAGCAGGCUGCUCGGCCCUGUAGCCGCAGAGAACACAAGCACACGGGAGUGAGAGGGAGCAGACACUGCCACAUCCUGACUGAUUCAAGUUCUGCCCUGCUGGAGAGAAUGUCACUAAACCCAGAGGUAGGAAGUCUGAGCGGCCACGGAGAAGGCGACAGUGACAGUGACCUGUCUGAGUCAGAGAGACUACCUGUGUCGCCCUCUGGUCGGGUUCCUCCACAGCUUGAGCUUAGACCAGAGGUCAUCGAAGCUGAAGACUGCUCCUCUCACAGCCGCAGGCCCAGAGGACGAGGCAAUGGUGGUUUUGACUUCCCAGACUUCCUCCCUCCACCUUUUAACUCCUGGAGCCUCAGUCAGCUGGCUGUCUUCUACAACACGGACGGCCGGGGGGCCCCUCGGCCCAGGCCCGUGGGCCCUUUGGAAAGGUACCUGGACAGGCUGCUGCAGCUGGAGUGGUGCCAGAUUCAAACAGUCCAGGAGGAGACUGGAGGGAAGUCUGCAGUGUCAGAUGUUACAUCCAGCUGCCACAGGCCACCCACUGCUGCUACGUCACGCCUCAGCUCUCCAAAGUGCAUCCUCCAGUGUCAGCGUGCCUUCCCCCUCACCUUCCUCUCCUCUCUGGCCAGCCACUCUGCCCUUCUCUCCGGCUGUGCCUGCACCCUCUGCCGGAUCCGCUACUCCACUUCUAGCAUGUCAUGCUGCCGCUCCACCCACAGCCACACCCGUCAGUCCAGACUUAGUCCAAUGCUGGAGCACAGGGGGGCAACCUCACUUCCUAAAAGGAGCUACAGUGAGAGCCGGGUGCACUCCUCAGACAGGAGCCCUGCAUCCCAGGCUCAGAGGUUCAGCAGCCCUGUGAGGACCAACAGCCACCUGAGGAGAAUGCAAGCCUCAGGCAAUAUCCGCAACCCGGUUCAAGGUGCUAAUAUGAAGCCUCAUACCACUGCCAGAGACUCUAGUGUCAGGGCUGGGAGGGAGCGUUUGGGAGCAUGGGGGGAUGUGUUGGGCUACAGGACAGAGGGGUUUAGGAGGAGGAGCGGCUCAGAGCAGAGAAGAGCGGGAGCAGAAAGACAACAAGGUGCAGCAGAGAAAAGACGGAGUGGUUCUGAGUGUAGGAGAGGAGGAGCUGAGCGGAGGAGAGCAGCCGAGCUCAAGGAGCAGGAAAUCAAACCCGAUGCUGUCACUGCAAUAAUGGACAAUUUACCCGGGUCCAAAAAUCCCUCUGUGAACAGAGCGAACAGAGUCAAGCAGGUCGAGUUUGUUACAUAACAGCAACUGUGUAUGCCACAGCUGCAGUCAUCACACUCAAUAUGUGAUUAUGAAUGUAUAUUUCAUUCAUUUGAACAGGUCACAGAAAGUGUAGCAAGAUUUUUGCAUCUGUGGAUGUUGCAUUUUUGAUUUCUUUGUUCGCAGCUAGUUAUCUAUUUAUAUUUACACGAUUGUGUUUAAUCUGAAUCUGCAGUCAAAUAAGCUAACACAACAGUGGAUGUACACACUCACUACUGAUCAUACAUAAAUCUUAUGUAUGUGGAUAUUUAUAUAUUAUUAUAUAAGUCCUUUCUGUUGUUUUUAAAUCAACCCAGUAAGCUAUGAAGUAUAUCCAGUAUUUGUAUGCAGGGUUUUUCACACACA